GGCCGGGCGCCAUCCGUAACAGUGUGUUGGUACUAUAACGCAGUAUUUAUUACGCGGCAUCUUAAAAUUUGAAUUACGAACGAACGUCCUGUCAAUUUUGAAUCUGGUGUUUGUGAAAUAUAAAUACUUUUUUGUGACUAAAUAUAAAGUGAUCAAAAAAAAAUUGGGAUUUUUUUUUGUUUUCGUUCAUUGUGUUCUUUGUAUAAAUCGACUGUGCGUUCUGUUUAUGGAUUUUUUUAACGUGCUGUGUUGAUGGAGAUCACCCGAGGGGUAAAUAACGGAAAUAGACAUGGCGCUUAAACGUGGUCUUAUAAAUAGCUUACGAUCUCUCAUCACAUAGGGAAGUCGUACUUCCUUUCAAAAUGUAAAAAUAUUCUCCGGAUAUCUUUAUGUUCAAAUAAUAAUAGACAAAAAUGGUAAACUACAAAAGUAGAUUACGUUUAACCAGUAGAUGUGUGCAACCUUUGUUCCUGUUGCUACGGACUUGUGAGUGUGUGCUAGUGUUGCUUACUUGUGUUUGUGUGUGUGAUGGUUAUGUUGAGCAGAAAUUUGCGAUGGAACCUCAGGAUCAGACUGCAGUAGUGGGAUCAAGAGUGACAUUACCGUGUCGAGUGGAAAAUAAAGCAGGUCAAUUACAGUGGACUAAAGACGAUUUCGGUCUUGGGCUGCAUAGAGAACUAAGCGGCUACGACCGAUAUAAGAUGAUCGGCAGUGAUGAAGAGGGUGAUUAUUCGCUGGACAUCAGAGAUGUUACCUUAGAAGAUGAUGCGAAAUAUCAGUGCCAAGUCAGUUCGGGCUUAAGAGGUGAACCUGCUAUUAGGUCACGCUAUGCCCGUCUGACUGUACUUGUGCCGCCUGAACCACCAAAAAUUUUACAAGGGAAAGUGUUCUCUCUGACAGUGGACCGAAUGAUCUAUUUGGAAUGCGAAUCUGUUGGAGGGAAACCGCCCGCUGAGAUCACGUGGGUGGACAGCAACGCUGGGGUUUUGACGCAGGGUGUGACGUAUACCGUGGAGCCUAUGAGUGAUGGCCAGAGAUUUACAGCGAGGUCAGUGAUAAGAUUGCCUCCAAAACACGAACAUAACAACCAGACUUUUACAUGCCAAGCUCAAAACACAGCUGAUAGAGCCUACCGAGCUGCGAGUAUAAGGAUUGAGGUAAAAUAUCCACCUAGGGUGAAGAUUCAUAUAAAUAAUGGAAAACGUGUACUUGAAGGGAAAGACGCUGUGAUAAAUUGUGUCGCAGAAGGGAAUCCAAAUAACCUCACCUACAGAUGGUUUCUGAACGAUUUAGUUGUUGGAAACACUUCUGAACUGGUAAUUCAAAAUGUAACAAGAACACACAACGGAGCUGUUUUGAAAUGCAUGGUGUCCAAUGAGGUUGGAAAAAAUGAAGAUAGCGGUAUCCUUCAUGUUACUUAUCCACCAUCAUUCCGCAAUCGUCCAAAAGACGUUGAAGCAGAAAUUGGUAAAUCAGUGACGUUAAGCUGCGAUGUUGAUGGGUAUCCCGCUCCAGAGAUCGUCUGGCUUCAUUAUGAGGAAGAUACUAAUAUUGGUCUCAGAAUUGGACCUACUUUGACGUUGCAAGACGACCCAUAUACCGGUAGUCUAUUCAAGCUUCCCAAGCGUGUUGGUAAAACGGCGAAUCUGACACUCACCGUAGACACUCAUACCGUCGGACGCUAUUCUUGCAAAGCAAGCGUUGAUGGUUAUCCAGAUAUCGAAGAUGAAGCAUCAAUCUUUAUCAAAGGUCCUCCGAAAAUAAUUUCAAAUCACACACAAUUCGGAUCACAAGGUGAUACUGUUAAUAUCGAAUGUGCUGCUUUUGCUGUUCCAAGAAUAGACAACAUAGUCUGGACUUUUGAAGGAAAGGAAAUCGAUACUAUACAUGACCAAGACUACGCCUUCCUGGAGGACUUACAGUCGGGUGGGAUAGUUAAUUCCACACUAACCAUCCGUGAGAGCCAAACCAAACACUUCGGAGUUUACAAAUGCAAUGUGUCCAAUGACUACGGAAGUGAUACUAUCGAGAUUGUAUUGAAGUCCAACAAAAAUUUCCCAUUACUGGUGAUUUUAUUCGGGGUGACAUCAGGAACGAUAAUGGUGGCUGUUGUUAUAAUGUUGGUGAUUCUGUGUCAAAGAAAACAGAGAAAAAAUAAGCAAGUCCAAGUAACAGAGAAGCCAGAUGUAACGGUUACAGCUGAAGAACUUUUCAAAGAAAACGAUAGAAAUUCAAACAUAAGCGAUCUAAAACUUGAAUUGAGACAAGCGAAUGGCACUUCUGAAAUUGAUUAUUCUAAUACUGGAUCAGAUAGCACAUUAUGUUCCAACGCUAAAUUAGGGAGCGGUAUUCCUUUAGCCGGCACAGUACCGCUGUCUUCAAUAAAUCAAACCAACACAUAUCAACCAUAUAGAUACAGUAAUGAUUACACGGAUCCCGCCUAUUCGGACUGCUAUAAGGUAAAUGGAUUUGGCAAUGGAUAUCAAACGUACGUCCACUACGGCCACGAUUACACUCCAGGCUCACUAAGAGUACAGUCGCCGACAUUGGGAAGUGAAAAACAUACACCUAACAGGUCUAUAAAUGGCAGUCUGCCCAGAAGCGUGGAUACGCCUUCCUCGGUACAAUACAACGCAAGUAAUGGCUCCCAAAGCAAUUCUUUGCAGCGUGCAACGAAACGACAGGAUAGCAGUGGCGCUUUAAAUAAUUUACCAAAUGAAGGUGCCCGUGUUCCAAACGGUGGUAUCAUUCAAGGUGUGGAUGUGAGAUACGCAGCAACAUACGGCAAUCCACACUUACGAACUGGUUUAAGUACUGUACACACAGCAAAACCAGCAUCAACUCCAGCGCCACCUCCUUAUUCAUCUGUUAGAAGUUCUGUUAUUAUACCAUCAGGUACGUCAUCACAUUCAAUAACAUCGCCAACCAGUCUUGCAUCACCUCAAUGUGCCACAAGUCCUAUUACUAAUUCUACUCUGUCUACAGAUAGUGCACAGCCUCCGGUCGGAGUGACCUCGUCUGCCACUCCUCAGUCGCCGAGUUCGCACUACAUACUCGCUCCAACGAAUCGAUCCUUAAGUAACGCAACCGUUACUAAGAAAGGUAACGGACAUCAACAACCAUUAGCGACUCACGUAUAAACGUUCCUAAAACUUAUAUAAUAGUGUUGAUUAAAUAUUAAUCAGAUUCGAUAGUGUUACGGAUAAGUGGAAUAAAGUGUUUUUCAAAAUAGAAGUGUAUCGUCUUUUUAAAUGUGAACUUUUAUACGUCACAA